CAAACCCGCGCCUGCCGCGUCGGCAGCCCCGGAGCGCGCCGGACGGCGGCGGUGGCAGCCAGAGGGGAAGGGGCGGCAGUGGCUCGAACAGCGGGGUUUGGGCCAUGGCGGCGGCGGCGACGGUGCCUGCGGGGGCCGAGGCCGCGGCGGGGGCGGAGUCGGCCGAGGGGCCCCCGGGGCCGGCAGCAGCGCUGGAGCUGUGGCUCAAUAAAGCCACAGACCCAAGCAUGUCAGAACAGGAUUGGUCAGCUAUCCAGAAUUUCUGUGACCAGGUGAACACUGAUCCCAAUGGCCCAACCCAUGCACCCUGGCUACUGGCCCACAAGAUCCAGUCUCCACAAGAGAAAGAAGCUCUUUAUGCGUUAACGGUGCUGGAGAUGUGUGUGAACCACUGUGGGGAGAAGUUCCACAACGAGGUGGCUAAAUUCCGCUUCCUCAAUGAGCUGAUCAAAGUGUUGUCCCCAAAGUACCUAGGGUCCUGGACCACGGAAAAAGUUAAAGGAAGAGUCAUUGAAAUACUUUUUAGUUGGACAGUCUGGUUUCCAGAGGAUAUCAAGAUCCGAGAUGCUUACCAGAUGCUGAAGAAACAAGGGAUCGUAAAGCAAGACCCUAAACUACCAGUGGAUAAAAUUUUGCCUCCACCUUCUCCCUGGCCCAAGAGCUCUAUCUUUGAUGCUGAUGAGGAAAAGUCCAAGCUUCUGACGAGGCUUCUGAAGAGCAAUCACCCUGAGGAUCUUCAGGCUGCAAACAGGCUGAUCAAGAAUUUGGUCAAGGAGGAACAAGAGAAAUCAGAGAAGGUGUCCAAGAGAGUCAGUGCUGUGGAGGAGGUACGGAGUCAUGUGAAGGUGCUGCAGGAAAUGCUAAGCGUGUACCGCAGGCCGGGGCAGGCCCCACCAGACCAGGAGGCCUUGCAGGUCGUGUAUGAACGGUGUGAAAAGCUGCGGCCCACCCUGUUCCGGCUGGCAAGUGACACCACAGAUGACGAUGACGCACUCGCUGAGAUUCUCCAGGCAAAUGACCUCCUCACCCAGGGAGUUCUGCUGUACAAACAGGUGAUGGAGGGCCGUGUCAUCUUUGGGAACACAGUGACCAGCUCAGUGGGAGACCUACCUGUCUCCAGAGUCUUUCAGAAUCCAGCAGGCUGCAGGAAGAACUGCCCUCUGAUCGACUUGGAGGUGGACAGCGGAUCUGAGCAGGCUGGGACUGUGGCACCAUCUUUGCUUCACCAGGACCUGGCAGCCUUAGGACUCAGUGAUGCUCCAGUUGCUGACAAGGUUGCCGGUCAGAAUUGCUGUGAGGAAAAGAGGAAUCCCACUGCCAGCACACUGCCGGGUGGUGGUGUUCAGAGCCCUUCUGCAGAAAAGAACUUGCUGGAUCUCCUCUCCCCACAGCCAUGUCCAGGGCCUCUGAAUUAUGUUCCACAGAAAAGUAUCCCUAAGGAAGUGCCCCCCGGCACUAAGUCCUCUCCAGGUUGGUCCUGGGAAGCUGGCCCAUUGUCUUCUUCCCCAUCCUCCCAGAAUACACCUCUGGCUCAAGUGUUUGUCCCUUUGGAGUCUGUUAAACCCAGCAGCCUACCGCCUCUCAUCGUGUAUGACCGGAACGGAUUCAGAAUUCUGCUCCACUUUUCCCAGACCGGGGCCCCUGGUCACCCAGAGGUGCAGGUGUUGCUAUUGACCAUGAUGAGCACUGCCACCCAGCCUGUCUGGGACAUCAUGUUUCAAGUGGCUGUGCCGAAGUCUAUGAGAGUGAAGCUGCAGCCGGCAUCCAGCUCCAAGCUCCCUGCAUUCAGUCCGUUGACGCCUCCAGCUGUGAUCUCUCAGAUGCUGUUGCUUGACAAUCCACACAAAGAGCCCAUCCGGUUACGGUAUAAGCUGACAUUCAACCAGGGCGGACAGCCUUUCAGCGAAGUAGGAGAAGUGAAAGACUUUCCAGACCUGGCAGUCUUGGGUGCAGCCUAACUUUUCACGAGACAGACCCUGCCGCUCGAGCUUAGGCCAGUGUGAAUGUUGCUGUCUAGAUAGGACUAAUCACGGUGAUUUAGUGCGGAGUGCCAAGAGUUCUAUCCCGACGUCAGGCUCUGGAUCCCAACCUCUGACUUAUUCUGCAGAUACUACUUGUGUGUGUGUGUGUGUGUGUGUGUGUGUGUGUGUGUGUGUGUGUUGUGGGGGGUUGUGGGGGUGGGUAGCGCAGGGCUUGGGGUGUGGGCAGUGUGGGGAAAUGCUAAAGCAUUUCUGACAACCAUCUGCUACAAUCAUCUGUUUCUGCAUGUGGGUGGACACUGAUGUCCCCGCCUCAGGUUGGAGGUUUUAUAAGCCAAAGUUGUGUUGUGUUGUGUUUUUUCUGUGUAUUGUUCUCUUUUCAUCCAUCCACUCUGUGCCUUGUCAGCCUUUGAAAGUCUCGGCUGCUCCCAGGCUGCUGUUCUCAGGGACCUUAAAAGGGACCUGGUUGGUCUUGGGACAGAGAGUGUCUUCUGGGGCACUCUCUUCCAAGAAAGACCUUGUCUCCAUUUCCAUUAGAGAAUGCUGCUUGCUUGUUUUUGAGAAGAUCUUCUAAAUGGAAUGCUUAUUGCACUGUUUUCCAGGCGAGGGGCUGCCACUAGACGAGAGGACCACACUUAGUGGGCCAAGCAUGUCCUUCACCACUGUGCCUUAGAAUCACCCAGAGAGGACCUUCCAGGGCAGAGGGGAAAGCAGAUCCUAGGCCUUAAUGCAGGCCUCAGGUUCCGUGGGUGGGGCAGCCUGUCUGGGCCCUUACUCAGGACCCUCCUCUCCAUUCUCAUCCUGUUUCUCCACAAGCAUUUACCCUCCAAGCUCUUUGAUUGUGACGCCAUGCCAGUCAUUGUCAGCCAUAACUAACAGGCUCACUCUUGCCUGUUGACUUCACCGUCCAAGAUGAAGGACUGAUGCAAAUAGAUCUGAAAAGAGCUUAGCAGUGAUUUAAGUGGUGAACUGAAUAUAGAAAGUCCUUGAAUAAAUACCCAUGUAGCAAA